AAUUUUGCUAUAUAAAUGUCUGCGCCAGAACAGUGUCACUAUACUGUUUGACAGAACUGUGCGACUUGUUUUAGCUCAUCAUGUCCACGUGUCGUAUCUUGGCGGUGUUGGUCGUAUUGGCCGUUUUCAGUCACAGCGUUCAUAGCAAAUACGUUAUUCCCUGUAACGAAGGGAGACAAUUCUGUGGACAUGUCAGACCUGACGGACGGGCCGAAUGCCCUCAAGAUACUGGAAGAGUCCUCGAUGCUUUUUGUGAAGAUGGUGCGCCGUGCUGUGUAGGAGCCGACCCUUGUGACUGGAACGACAAUUGCCACUCAUCAUGUCCACGUGUCGUAUCUUGGCGGUGUUGGUCGUAUUGGCCGUUUUCAGUCACAGCGUUCAUAGCAAGAACAUUAUUCCAUGUAACGAAGGGAGACAAUUCUGUGGACAUGUCGGACCUGACGGACGGGCCGUAUGCCCUCAAGAUACUGGAAGAGUCCUCGGUGCUUUUUGUGAAGAUGGUGCGCCGUGCUGUGUAGGAUCCGACCCUUGUGACUGGACCGGUAAUUGUCA